AAUCAAAAAAAUCAAACAUUUUAACUGAAUAAACUAAAAUUAAUAGUAAUUUAAAAUAAUAGUUAUAUUUUAGAAGAUUAAAAAAAAAAAACUUAAAACCGAACCAAUGUCCAGCUUAAACAGAUUUAAUGUUUUUUAUUAAAAAUAACGAGAAUAAUAAUCACAUCCCGCGCAAGUAUUCCCUACUCAUUUUUGUAAAUAAGGGGAAAACUAAUCAAUGCUGACAUUAAGUAUUCAAAUGUUUGAUCAACGUCUAACAACGUUUUUAUACAUGACAUACGCCACAAGAACAUUAUAUGAUAUCAUAUGCAAAUCCACCCUACCCAAGAAAACCUAAUCGUAUAUAAAUCCACCCUAGCCACAGAAAAUCUAUAUAUGACACAACUCAAAUCUAGACGUUUACUCAUCACCAUGAUGACCAAAAACAAACGUUCACUCCUUUUCUCUUCAGAUCAGUUUUUUACUUAUCCAAUGGAUGCCACGGCCGUGCCACCUGACUCUGACCUGUGGCUACCGGCCACGGAUAGUAUGGGAUUCGCUUACGGGCUUGUUGUCUCCAUUGGUAUACUUCUUCUAAUUACCACAAUCACCAUCACUUCUUAUUGUUUAACUCGAAGCCAUAUCUUCGCAUCUUCCCCGAGGACAAUAAGACGCCGGCAAAGACAGACCAAUGCAACUUCAGGAAAUGGCGAUGAACGGUUUCACUUCGACGGCGAUGAUCAAAACGACACCGUGGUGGUCGAAGUCUUAGGGCUAGACGAUGAGGUUAUCAAGAGCUUCCCUAAGCUUCCUUACGAAGAGGCUCGUGUGGGUUAUAGCUUGCAAAAGGAUGCCACUGCGACGUCGUGUUGUUCUAUAUGUCUCGCGGAUUACAAGAAGACAGAUAUGAUUAGGGUUUUGCCGGAUUGUAACCAUUUGUUCCACGACAAGUGCGUUGACCCUUGGCUCAUGAUUCAUCCUACGUGUCCAGUUUGCCGUACGUCUCCAUUGCCGUCUCCGGCGAAGACACCAGUCGCCGACGCUGUUAUCGGUCGAUAGAUCUUUGACUUCGUGUCUUUUCUUUAUUUACUAUAUUUCUAUUUCUGUUGACAUUCUUAGACUAUGCUAUACCUUCAAGUUGUAAAGUUUCGCGGGUGUUAUUUGGUUCGUCAUACAAACAAAAUUUAAUGGUAUACUAAUUCAUGUCCCGCACCUUGUGCAGAUUAACAUAUUUAUACAUCUAAAAAUUUUUAAUUUUAAAAUUUAUUUUUAUAAAAUAAUAAAAAUUAAAUUAAAUUACAUACAAAUUUUAAAUUAUUAUAAAUUAUAAAAUUUCAAUAUUCAUAUUGGUAAUCAAUGUAUUAAAUUAUGUUAUUUUGUUUCAUAUUUUUAUUUAUGUGAUGUAGAUUUUGGAUCAAAUCUUUUUUAUAGUAAUAACUAAAUUAAGAAAUUUUGUAUGCGAUAUUAACACAUAUUGUAUUUGGACUGAAAAGAAAUCGUGUGGUACAAAAAGGAUUAUAAAAAAAUCACAAAUAUAAAACAUUAACAAAAUAACAAUAGUUUAGGAGCGUUCAAUCUGGUAAAACCGAACCAUUCAAAACCGAACCAAACCGAAAUAGAGAAAAUAGUCUGGAUUUGGAAGUAACGAGGAUGUUAUUUAAAAAAAACAGCAGUAUAUGAAUAUAGUUCAGUAUAUUAAGGGAUCAAACCAAAUAAACAAAAGAAACUGAUUAAUUUGGAUAUAUUAGUAUACUUAUAUAUAAAUUUUAUAAUAAUUUGUAUUUGAUCAAUAUUUUCAAUAAAAAUCAGAAAAAUUAGCUAUAAUAUUAGUCAUUAAAAUUAUAAAAUGAGAAAAAAGUAAUGAUGAUAUUAUAGGUAGAUAUUGUUAAUAUCUAUUUAUUAAUUCCUAAAUAUCAUGAUAAUUAUAUUAUAUAUAUAUUAGUAUAUAUAUAUCGGUAAAAUAGGUUAAUGUUGAUUAAGUAUUUUAAAUAUCAUGAUAAAUAUAUAGAUAUCAAAAUAAAUAAAUUAAAUAAUAAUAUUAAUUACACUAAUGAUUUAUCCUAAAAUUAUGGAAAAGAUGAAAAAUAAGCAAAUUAACUAAAGAAACCGAUUAAUUCAGAUAUAAUAAUAUACUUAUAUAUAAAUUUUAUAAUAAUCUGUAUUUGAUCAAUAUUUUC